AAACACAAAACCUUAAAAUCUACUGUAAAAAAUUGAAAUAUAAAAAAUCCAAUGGAAACCUGUAACAAAAAUGGAUCCACGGCCGAGGAAGUGGAGGUGGAGGAGACGGAGGACUUUCACGAUCUGGAGGAAUUCAACGAGGACAACGUGGCCAGUGGCAGCGGGCAGAAGAAGGACGAGCGCUUCGUGGUCAAGAAGUGGGUUGCGCACGCGCAUUGGUGCUGGGACGUGGCUGUGGACAACUGCGCCAUUUGCCGGAAUCACAUCAUGAACCUGUGCAUCGAGUGCCAGGCGGAUCCGAAUGCGAACAAGGAUGAGUGCACCGUGGCCUGGGGCGAGUGCAAUCACGCGUUCCACUAUCACUGCAUCGCCCGCUGGCUGAAGACGCGCCACGUCUGUCCGCUGGACAACAAGGAGUGGGUCUACCAAAAAUACGGCCACUAGUCUGAUUAGUUAACAUUAUUUGUAUUUGAGUUGAUUCUUUCGCGAUAAGAUUAAAAU